CCAUCAAUAACUCUCGGAGACGUGAGGCGAGAUAUAGGCUUUUAUUCGCUGGAAGAGAGCAGUCAGCAGCAAGAGAUCCCCACACAGCAUCCGGGAGACUGAGGGGGGAGCUGUGCCUCCAAUCGCCUUUAUACAGGGGUCUGUGAGAGGAGCCACAGGAGCAGUCAGCGGGGGGCGUGUCCAGACAGGUAUAUGUAGUUCGCCACACUCAGCCCUUCCGUCUAUCGUGGAGAAAGAUUUGCUGCACUCACUACUGCUCAUCAGGUUCAUGCCCCAUCGCCAUCUCCUUGUAAUGAUAUCACAGGAUGAGGAUGCCAGCAUAUAGUGUCCACCACCAAUAUGAAGAGGUGGUUAAGAGAUGACCACAUUACUGGUCCUGCAGUCAUUCCAGACCAAUUCUGGAAGAUUUCUUUCCCUGAAGGUUAUUAGUGAAUCAGUUGCUUUUUAACAACAAUUCAGUUAAUUUAAAGCUUACUAUUAUCUCUUAAACCUAAAAUCUCUUCAUUUACUGGAACAGAAAUGACUCAGUGAUUGUGAUGGGAUUCAAAUCUACGUCUCUUUCUUCAUCCUUCUGUCAACACUGUUCCUUUUGUCAUUAGGCCUCUCUGGCUUCUGAUCCCAUUGCAGCCCCCCUCUCUCCUUUCUCUCCUUCUGCGUUUCUCAAAAAGCCUUUCAUCACUCAGAUUUUAUGGCACUGAUCAAAGGUUAGGGCCCAGAUUGCUAACUCUGCUCUCCAUCUCCCAGAUGCUGUCUGACCUGUUGAAUGUUACCCACGUUAAGGAGUAAGUGCACAAUGUUUGCACUGGUCAGAGAACGGAGGCGGGAGUGGUCUGAGGGAGUCUGGGGUCCGUGCGGGUGGUCAGCGGCAGUUUGACGGUAAAGAUAAUGAUGGCCAAAUACCAGCCUGUGGGUCUUUACACUGAGAAGAGAGUCUAGUGGGCUCCAUCACAAGGCGGUGAUACCACAGAGAGUCGGCUUUAUUCUAGUAAUGCCAUUGUGACGAUCCAUUUCCCUGCUGUGCAUUUGGGUGAUCUCUCUGUUUCCUGGCUCUCACUCAGCCGAGUUUCCCCGAGAUGCUGUACUUACACUCAACAGUCUUUCAUUAUAUAGUAGCCUCCAGACAAUCCAGUGCAUGACAAGAAUUCAGUGGUAUGUGCACAUGAUUUAUUAUUCCUCCUGGGUUGUUGGAAUGAUUGCCAAAGACAGCGUCAUUGCCUCGCUGAAGUUAACCUGAGAUGUGGCCUUCCUGCUUGGUUUUGCUUGCCGGUUUUGGAAGGGAGUCAGGAAUGGAGUAUUUUGUUCUGCUGUUAAGGGGCUCAUACAGGCCAGGCCAGGUAAACAGGUUUCCUUUCCAUUAAUAAAUCAGGCAGCUUUUAACCCUAUUCUGUCAGCUUCAUGAUAAUUUAAAGUUUUACUGAAAUUACUACCCAGCCACAGGGAGACAUGCAUUCAGACAGUGUAACCAGACUAAUGUCACAAAUCACAAGUCACAAGUCUUGUCACAAGUCGUGAUCAGCCUGCAACUGCUUCCCGUUUACUUGUUGAACUCGACCCCUUGGAUAUGAAUGUGAACUUGUCACAAGAUGGCCAGACCCAACUCCCUUAAACCAUCACAAAGCUCAGUCCUGUGAACAAGCUGAAGCAACCCAGCUAGAUCCUGUCUGGUGUGUGUGGCAGCACUCUCUUAAAUCUCAGCAGGAACCUUCUCGCUGCCUAUCGCCCUGCGUCAGCUGUCUCCACCUUCGCCAUUUCCUAGCUUGCUCCAUCUGUGGAUUGUCUGCCUUCAUCUAUCACACUUCAGCAGUCUCCCAACUCCCCUUCCCCUACCUGGCGCAACCUGCGUGUCAUCCUUCAGCUCUCCUUGACCCACCAAAAGCCCAGGGCUCCAGUCUCAUUCCUCCCCUUCCUCCUCCUUACAUUGGGCACCUCGCCUCUCCGCUCUCAGUCCUGACACAGCCUUCCGACACGAACCGUCGACAAAUGCUUUCUCCCCUACUGGACGCUGCAUGGGCUGCCAGUUCCUCUAGCUGACGGUUAGUUGCCCUCAGCAGGUACGCUGGCAAUGGAACAAUACGCCCUUAGCAUGACAGCGCAGGAAGGCUUUGAUCCCGGUGAGGAAGAGGAUGUAUGCGAGAUCAAAAGCUACGCCUGUCAGUGGCUGACACCACAGGGUUGUAAGUCCCAAGUCCAAGUGUAGUCCACAUCUGAGCAAGUCUAGAUGAUCCGUGGACAAGGCACUGUGCUCCGUCCUGGGGCUCGGCCAACCAUUCGUUCUGUGACAGUAAAAUCCCACUGGGAAGCAACCAGAUUGUGUCUGAUCAAAUCAUAGUAAACUGUAAGGUGCUGAGAGAGUUGGAAGUGAACAAAUCCUUCAGCUUCUGCUCCAGAUUUUGAACAGAUUCGUAUAACCAGACGCAGCGUACAGGGCUAAACCAGAUGAGACGCAACACAACAGUGUAUCACAGUUGUCCGACCACAAUAUCUGCGGGUGUUCAUGCAGGGGGUGUGGUGUUCACGGGUGGGACGGGUAAGGUUGAAGCGGGGGGUCAGCGAGACUGUUAAAGGCAGUAAGCAGGGAGCAGCAAGCCGCCUGCUACAGUCUGCUUGCCAGACACCAGGCAGCUUUAAUGGAAAGACUGGAGCCCUUACAGGGGGUGAUGUCAUACAUUUCUCGUAGGAGAGCUGACUGCUUUUCUUGGAUGGGACUUUCUUUGUACGUGCAGUGGUAGGAGAUUAUCCGAGGUUCCGCAGCUCAAAGCAGAGGUUCCAGGGCAAACUCCGGCUCUGCUGUGAAAGAGAGGCAAGAAGAGUGCCAGGAUGCUGGCCUGGACGGCCCUGAGCCUGGUCCUGCUCCAGAUACCAGGGGCGCACACACUGCCUAAAGGAUAUACUCUCAUUAACGAGGACUGCCCGGGGGCAGAGUGGAAUAUCAUGUGUCGGGAAUGCUGUGAGACAGAUCAGAUUGAGUGCACCUGUCCUGGAAAACAGGAUGUUGUGGGCUACUCUGUCCCAUGUUGCCGUAACGAGGAAAAUGAAUGUGACUCUUGUCUGAUUCACCCAGGGUGUAUCAUCUUUGACAACUGCAAGAAGUGUAACAAUGGCUCCUGGGGAACGCUGGAUGAUUUCUACAUCAAAGGGGUUUACUGCUCUGAGUGCCACACUGGCUGGUCAGGAGGAGACUGUCUCAAAUGUGGAGCUGUAAUGAAUGCUUCAAGAGGACAUAUUAUACUAGAAGGAUAUCCCAGCAACUCUCACUGUGAAUGGAUGGUAUCAGUGAAUCCUAACUUUGCUAUUGAGUUAAGGUUCUCCAUGUUGAGUCUGGAGUUUGAUUACAUGUGUCAGUACGAUUACGUGGAGGUCCGUGAUGGUGAUAAUGUUGAUUCCAGAGUGAUCGGCAAGUUCUGCGGGAACGAGCGCCCUCCUCCCGUUCGGACCACUGGAAACAUGUUGCACGUCCUGUUUGUAUCUGAUGGCUAUAAAAGCUUUGACGGAUUUUACGCUACGUUUGAAGAGGUUGACGCAUGCUCCUCCUCUCCCUGCUUACAUGACGGGAAGUGUCUCCAACUUGGACCAGUCAGCUUUCAAUGUGCCUGUCUUGCUGGAUAUACUGGCAGAUGGUGUGAAAACAUGGUGAUAUGUAGGAAUCCAGUGGCCCCGGUCAAUGGGACGGUGGAAGGGGACGACUUCCGAUUUGGCUCCCAGGUCUACUUCGGCUGUGAUCCGGAUUUCCACUUGAUUGGAAGUAGUGUUGUCACUUGUCAGCUGGAUGGGAACUGGAGCGCCACUGCGCCACAUUGUGUUCCAGAGAGCAGGCGCUGUGCUGACCCCGGUGCACCGAUCAAUGGGCAUCGACGAAUUCUCCCAGGGAGCGGGUACCUGCAGCACGGCUACGCUACCGUGGGGACCAUCGUGGAGUUCACCUGCAACUCUUCCUUUGCUCUGAGCGGGAGUCCACAGGCAAGCUGUCAGCGGGAUGGGGCGUGGUCAGCGAAGCAGGCGACCUGUGGGAAAGAGAGGAAGCAUUGUGCCAUUCCUAGUGCAGCACUGAAUGGUCAUUGGAGGAUUCUCCCCGGUAGUGGCCACCUGCUCCAUGGCUAUGCCACCUCGGGCACCGUUGUGCAGUUCACCUGCAAUUAUUCGUUUGUUCUGAGGGGCAGUCCGCAGGCAAGCUGUCAACAGGAUGGGACAUGGUCAGAAAAGCAGCCAACCUGCAGGAAAGUUCCAGAGGUGAAGCACUGCAGCGACCCUGGUGCACCAGUGCAUGGGCAUCGAAAAAUUAUCUCAGGAAGUGGGAAAAUGCACCAAGGGCAUGCCACCUUGGGCACCAUUGUGCGCUUUACCUGCAAUUAUUCAUUUGUUCUGAGUGGCAGCCCACAGAUAACAUGCCAAAAAGACGGGACAUGGACAGAAACACGGCCAAGGUGUAUUAAAGCUUGCAAGCAACCCAAGCUCCCUAACUUGGUGAAACAGAAACUUCUGUCGACACAGCCUCUGACCAGGAGGACACCACUUCACCGGCUACUGGCCACCAUUCUAGACAAGGAGCACUCCCAAAUCUCACCCACCAAAGCCCCAGUACAGCAUGUUGGGAAUCUCCCAUCAGGAUUCUAUCAUCCUCAUACUCAGUUGGAGUAUGAGUGCAUCUCUCCGUUCUACAGGCGCCUUGGAAGCAGGAAGAGAACGUGUCUCAAGACAGGCAAAUGGAGUGGCCGAUCACCAUUGUGUAUUCCCAUCUGUGGAAAGCUGGGCAACUUCAGCCGGCAGAACCUGGCCUCGACAGCCUGGCCCUGGCAGGCCGCGCUCUACCAGAAGGUGUCCCAGACCAGCAAUGAGAUUGUCAGCGGGCACUCCUGGUUUCUGGCCUGCAGUGGGGCAGUUCUCAAUGAGCGCAGCGUGGUGGUAGCUGCCCAUUGUGUGACGGAGCUGGGCAAGGCGGCGCUCAUCAAUACGGCGGAUCUGAUGGUGGUCCUGGGGAAGUACUUCUACGAUGAAGCAAAGCAGGAGGAGAGCCGGCAGUACCUGCAGAUUGCUGGAGUCAUUGUGCAUCCUUCCUACGACCCGGUUCUGCUGGAUUCCGACAUUGCUAUCAUCAAACUGAUGGACAAGGCGAAGAUCACCAAUCAGGUACAGCCAGUGUGCCUUCCUGACCUGAAGGAUCUAUCGGCCAUCAGUGCCCAGGGCUACGUCACCGGAUGGAGGAUACAGAGCGAGCCCAGGGAGUCCGGCCGCAGCAAUGACACCCUGCGCGUGGGCACCAUCGAGAUCGGCGAUGCGGUCCAGUGUGAGCAGCAGUACGAGGAGCACGGGAUCUCUGUCAGCAUCACCGAGAACAUGUUCUGUGCCCGUCAGGAUCCCCAAGGUUUCUCAAACAUCUGCCCACUGGAGACGGGAGGUGUGGCCACCUUCCCAGCAGCAGACAAGGCUGGUGAAAUGUUCACCUGGUACCUGGUGGGGCUGGUCAGCUGGGGCUACGAGAGCGAGUGCAGCCAAGAACUUUUCACCGUCUAUACCAGUGUAGCACCGUUCAAAGACUGGAUCGAGAAGCACCUGAAGUAGGAUUCCCUCACGGAAGCAGCACAUGGUGAUGCUAACCAGAGGACAGGCGACUCAUAAUGGGCCUGGUUUCACAGCUGCAUCCUUCGAACUUACAGUGUUGUUUAUACAAGGCAACCAAUAAAAGCACACGACAGCUGCACCAAUCAGCACGCUUCAUCCAUCAAACACAACUACUGACUUAGUGACUUCAGUGAUUUUAAUCAGCAAUGCCUCAACCUAUUCAACUAAAUUCAUUUGUAGGACAAUUAUUGGAUUCAUCUCCUACCCUUCUUCCCAUAGGAAUCAUAUUCCUUCUCCAGGGAUCUUUAUCCCUCUCUACAGAGGAUGUAGUCCCUCUCCCAUGGAUCACAUUCACAUUCUGAGGGGUCACAUUCCCUCUUCCCAAGGAUCUGAUUCCCUCUUCCCAGAGGUCACAUUCCUUCCCCUGUACCAGGGACCAUUUUGUUAUGUGCAUCUUCUCAUUCCUCCUGAGUCCAUUGCUGUAAACCCGUCCCACCUGCCUGUAUUCUGCCCAUUUCAUUGCCACCUCUUCUGGAAAAUUGCUGAGAACCUUCUCGCUGUUGCAUUUAUUUAACGUUUAUGUCCUCUCCAAAUUUCAAAACUUCUGCUCAGUAAUAUGAAAGUGAUGUAUAGUUGUCAGUCCUCCAAAAUAUCCUAAAGUGGAUCACAGAAUAUGUUAUUUUAAUGUCUUCCAACCACACUCUUGCCCACACCAGCUUGACAAUGAGAUGUUAGCCUGGGCUGUGUCAUUUAGAAUUUGUACAGUGGGUUGAAUCUACAUGAUUCUGAGUUGGAGGUUAAAAUAUAUAAAAUAACCUUAACUCUGUGGUCUCUACCACUGAACUUAAAGUCUGAGGAAUAUUAUUGGUCUGGGAUUGUACUUGAUGAAGUUCAGAGGGAAAGGGGGAUGGGGGGGAUCUCAUUGAAACCUACUGAAUAGUGAAAAGGUCUGGAUAGGGUGGACAUGGAAAGGAUGUUUCUAUUAGGAGCAGGGUCUAGGAUCCAAGGGUAUAGUCUCAGAAUAAGGAUGAUAUAUUUAGAACUGAAAUGAGGAGGAAUUUCUUCAGCUGGAGGAUGGUGAACCUGUGGAAUUGAUUACCAUGGAGGGCUGUGGAGGCCAAUUCAUUGUGUGUGUGUGUGUGUGUGUGUGUGUGUGUGUGUGUGUGUGUGUGUGUGUGUGUGUGUGUGUGUGUGUGUGUGUGUGUGUGUGUAAGGCAGAGACUGAUGGUUUCUUCAUUGAUAAAAGGAGCUAAAGGCUGUGAGAAGUCUGGAGAAUGGGUUGUAAAAAAUCAGCCACAAUUGAGCAGAUUCCAUAGGCACAGUAGAAUGGCCAAAUCCUUUAUCUUAUGGUCUUCUGAGAUUGUAAACCCAGUACAAACCAUUGAGUAAUGUCCAUCCUGAAGGAUAUGGAGCACAGGAACUCAGGACAAACUUAAGACUGAUUCCACAAAUUACUUCUUUACACAGGGACUCAGAGACACCUCAAAUAGCUCCGCAGGAAUAGUAGGUAUUGGCAUAUCUCUGAUUUCAAUGAAGAAACACAGUGCAAAGUUAAUCCUGCUGCUCCUGAAAAUCUGAAAUAGGUGAUGGAUUUUGGAGACACACAGGCAACUUUAGCAUAGGAUUCACCGCAAAAGCUUUAAUUGCUCCACUCCCUCCAAACUACGGAAAGCUUCCACCCUCUUCUGUGUCAGUUUUGUUUGAGGAUUGACCAGUAGACCUGCUGUGCUAACACAGCUGGCUACACGUUUACUGAAAUUACCUGUCGGCUUGCCAAAGCAAAGAAACAGAGGUUCAAUUAUCCAUAGAGCAAUCUCUAUUGUAGGAAGCGUCUCAAUGAAUCAGCGGUGUCUGUGACUUCAGUGUAUCGAAGUCAUAUCACUCGAUUCACCCUGUUAUUCAAGAUACAUUUUAUUUGAUAUAAUGUACACUGCAUCUUCUUAAAGAAUAAACCCAUACAAAACAUCAAGUAUAUGAAAUUUUGUAUUUGGUUAAUUAUUUAUGUAACUAUAGAGUUGUAAGUUCAAUCAACUAUAAUCAACCUAUUGGUCUCAGUUGACUGAAAUUUUCCUUGCACUCUACAUCUUAGAAUAUCUGCUGCAGGAUCUGGAAAUUUCAGUUGAUUAUUUCUCCAGGUUAAGAGCUUGUGUCACAUCCUGUGUUGCAUUUAUUGUCUCAACACAACUGUUCUCAUUGUAUUGAAUACGUCUGAUUACAUACUCUGAUUCACUAUAUUUUUUAUAUCACCUUCUGUACAAAUCUGUCCAUGAAGUAACUUAGCAUUAAUGGCAAUAGUCUAUGCUGUUUUUUGAUACGUUACUGGAUACACGAAGCUUAGUUCAAUCUAUCUCUAGUCAAGGUUCAAAGUAAGUUUUAUUAUCAGAGUACAUGUAUGUCACUACAUACAAUGCUGAGAUUUGCUUACCUGCAAGCAUAUUCGGCAAAUCUAUGGAAUAGUAACAGUAAACAGGAUCAAUGAAAGAUCAACCAGAGUGUAGAAGACAACAAACUAUGCAAUGCAAGUACAAAUAAAUAAAUAGCAAUAACUAACGAGAACAUGAAAUAGCAAGAUAAUGAGUCAUUAAAGUGAGAUCAUUGGCUGUGGGAACAUCUCAAUGGAUGGGCAAGUGGGUGUAGUUAUCCCCUUUUGUUCAAGAGCUGAUGGUUGAGGGGCAGUAACUAUUCUUGUACGUCGUGCUGUGAGUGCUGAGGCUCGUGAUCCUUCGACCUGAUGGCAGCAGUGAGCAGAGAGCCUGGCCUGGGUGGUGAGGGUCUCUGAUGAUGGAUGCUGCUUUUGUGUAGAUGUGCUCAAUGUUUGGGAAGCAAGAUAGAGACAGUGAUCAUCGGCUACUUCCUGUGGGCUGCAGAAAAUUGUUCUAGAUUUCCUCUAUCCGGUUGCUUUUUACUGAUCUCUGUGUCUCUGCACUCAUUUCAGAGGCCAUACCCUUCCUUAUUCCCACUGUUACUUUUUACGUCACAAAGUACAGGUAUCCCCCGCUUUUCGAAAGUUUGCUUUACGCCACUUCACUUUUACGAAAGACCUACAUCAGUACCUGUUUCCGCUAACCAAAAGAAAUCCGAAGAUUUUCACUCUUACGAGAAAAAGCGAAAAGGAAAAAUAGCGAUCUGCAUUUGUUUUGCAGCAAGCCGUUAUAGAGGCAGCGCGCACCCCGAGUGAGAGAGUGGCCCCCGGGAACUACACUCAGCAUCUCAGCAAGUUGCCAUAGCUUCGAACUGUGUCUGUGAGCAUCUGUGCUUUACCUCCAUUUAUUUUGUACAUCCGUUAACAAAUGUGUCAUCGGAAAAGCCUAAGACAGCUCGUAAGGGUGUUGCGCUUAACGUAAAAUUGGACAUAAUUAAAUGUUUCGAUCAUGGUGAAUGAAAUAAA